AACUCUAGUGCAGCCGGACGUGCCGCGUGGGGACGCAGGCGCUCAAGGCGGCGGGAGCUGCUUCUGGCCGCGUCGCUGAUCUGAAGUGAGGUACAGCGGCCAAGGGAAAAAUGGAGACAAUUCUGGAGCAGCAGCGGCGAUACCACGAGGAGAGGGAACGGCUCAUGGACGUCAUGGCCAAAGAGAUGCUCACUAAGAAGUCCACGCUCCGGGACCAGAUCAAUUCCGACCACCGCACACGGGCCAUGGAAGAUGGUUGUCCGCCUGCAGCCGAACCUGAGGCUCCUGAGCUGCUCCUCCUCACUUUCCUGAGUGGGGAGCGCUUCCUCUUCAUUACUCGGAAAGUAAUGCCUUCUGUGUCCCUUGGAUGUGCGAAAAAUAGUGAGGAGGACUCAGUGACUCAGACACAGAAGAGGUAUAUGGAGGUCAGUGGGAACCUGAGGGAUUUGUAUGACGAUAAGGAUGGGUUACGAAAAGAGGAGCUGAAUGCCAUUUCAGGACCCAAUGAGUUUGCUGAAUUCUAUAAUAGACUCAAGCAAAUAAAGGAAUUCCACCGGAAGCAUCCAAACGAGAUCUGUGUGCCAAUGUCAGUGGAAUUUGAGGAGCUCCUAAAGGCUCGAGAGAAUCCAAGUGAAGAGGCACAGAACUUGGUGGAGUUCACAGACGAAGAGGGAUAUGGUCGUUACCUUGAUCUCCAUGACUGUUACCUCAAAUACAUUAACCUGAAGGCAUCUGAGAAACUGGAUUAUAUCACAUACCUGUCUAUCUUUGACCAGUUAUUUGACAUUCCUAAAGAAAGGAAGAAUGCAGAAUAUAAGAGAUACCUAGAGAUGCUGCUUGAGUACCUUCAGGAUUACACAGAUAGAGUGAAGCCCCUCCAAGAUCAGAAUGAACUUUUUGGGAAGAUUCAGACAGAAUUUGAGAAGAAGUGGGAAAAUGGCACCUUUCCUGGAUGGCCGAAAGAGACAAGCAGUGCCCUUACCCAUGCCGGAGCCCAUCUUGACCUCUCUGCCUUCUCUUCCUGGGAGGAGUUGGCCUCCCUGGGUCUGGACAGAUUGAAAUCUGCACUUUUAGCUUUAGGCCUGAAAUGUGGCGGGACCCUAGAAGAGCGAGCCCAGAGGCUGUUCAGCACCAAAGGAAAGUCCCUGGAGUCGCUUGAUACCUCCCUGUUUGCCAAAAAUCCCAAGUCAAAGGGCACCAAGCGAGACACUGAGCGGAACAAAGACAUUGCUUUCCUAGAAGCCCAGAUCUACGAAUAUGUAGAGAUUCUCGGGGAACAGCGACAUCUCACUCAUGAAAACGUGCAACGCAAGCAGGCAAGGACGGGAGAAGAGCGAGAAGAGGAGGAGGAAGAGCAGAUCAGUGAGAGUGAAAGUGAAGAUGAAGAGAACGAGAUCAUUUACAACCCCAAAAACCUGCCCCUUGGCUGGGAUGGCAAACCCAUUCCCUACUGGCUGUAUAAGCUUCAUGGCCUAAAUAUCAACUACAACUGUGAGAUUUGUGGAAACUACACCUACAGAGGGCCCAAGGCCUUCCAGCGGCACUUUGCUGAAUGGCGUCAUGCUCAUGGCAUGAGGUGUUUGGGCAUCCCAAAUACUGCCCACUUUGCUAAUGUGACACAGAUUGAAGAUGCUGUCUCCUUGUGGGCCAAGCUGAAACUGCAGAAGGCGUCGGAACGAUGGCAGCCUGACACCGAGGAAGAGUAUGAAGACUCCAGUGGGAAUGUUGUGAAUAAGAAGACUUACGAGGAUCUGAAAAGACAAGGACUGCUCUAGUGUUCUGAUCUGUCCCGGCUGUCAGGUUUGCCCUGGCUUCCUGGAGAUCAGCUUUUUUUACUCCUCCACAUCAAAUGCUCCUAAAGACUUUUUGCUAUGUAGAAUUGUGGCCUAGCAUGCAUCUUGUAGAAACAAGGCAUGGUUGCAGGGUUGAGAUGUGUUUUAUCUCUGUUUUAUACUAAAAAGGAUUCUGUCAGAAAAUAAAAUCAGCAUUUCUUCUGAA